UGCUCAAAAAUGGUGGUUCUCAAUCAUCAAUUUUCGACUGAUCUUGAUACUUAUAGGACGUAUUUCUCGACAUGUUUGCUUUCUUAUCACUUGAAUAGCUUUCGCUUGGGACACCUCGCCUAGCGUCAAUUGCUCAUCAUGGCAUCCAAGCAAGCGUCUAAAGCGAAGGCUACUUCUUUUUCUGAUGGCACCACAGAUUAUCAGCCACUCAGAUCCAAGUCAUACGACAUGAAGAAGCCUCACAUUACUGAGCAGCCCAUGACCUGGUCAAACUGGUAUCAGCAUCUGGACUGGCUGAGCAUCUACUUCAUCAUUAUAGUCCCCAUCUCGGGCUUGAUCGCAGCCACUCAGACCCCAUUGCGACUCUACACAGCCAUGUUUGCUGUUGUGUAUUAUGUUAUGUGUGGCUCAGGCAUCACAGCAGGGUACCAUCGCCUAUGGGCACACUCGUGCUACAAAGCGACCCUCCCUCUCAAGGUCUACUUGGCAGCUGCUGGAGCUGGCGCUGCUCAGGGUUCAAUCCGAUGGUGGUCGAGAGGACAUCGCGCCCAUCACCGAUACACAGAUACGUCGAAAGAUCCCUACUCCGUCGAAAAGGGCUUCUGGUAUUCGCACAUGGGUUGGAUGGUUAUGAAGCAGAACCCCAAGAGAAUCGGUCGAUCAGACAUUAGUGAUCUGAAUGAGGACCCCGUUGUUGUUUGGCAGCACAAGCACUACAUCAAAUCGGUCUUGACCAUGGCGCUCGUAGUCCCGACUCUUAUCUGCGGAUUCGGAUGGGGCGAUUGGGUCGGCGGCUUUGUAUAUGCUGGCAUCCUGCGCACAGGGUUCAUCCAGCAAGCCACUUUCUGCGUCAACUCACUGGCUCACUGGCUUGGUGAGCAACCGUUCGAUGAUCGCAACUCGCCUCGCGACCACGUUAUCACAGCUCUGGUCACGCUCGGCGAAGGCUACCACAACUUCCACCAUGAAUUUCCAUCGGACUAUCGCAACGCUAUCGAAUGGUGGCAAUACGAUCCCACCAAAUGGAUGAUCUGGACAUGGAAGAAGCUUGGACUUGCAUACGACCUCAAGCAGUUCCGUCAGAAUGAGAUCGAGAAAGGGCGUCUCCAACAGCUGCAGAAGAAGGUCGAUCAGAAGCGCGCCAAACUUGAUUGGGGUAUACCUAUAUCACAACUUCCUGUCUUCAGCUGGGAUGAGUUUGUCGCCCAGGCGAGGAGCAACGGUCAAGCUCUUGUUGCUAUUGGAGGUGUGGUACAUGAUGUGGCUCCAUUCAUCAAAGAACAUCCAGGCGGCAAAGCACUCAUUCUGUCGGCUAUCGGAAAGGAUGCAACUGCAGUAUUCAAUGGUGGCGUCUAUCAGCAUUCGAAUGCGGCACACAAUCUGCUGUCCACCAUGCGGGUGGGAGUUGUUCACGGCGGUGGUGAGGUGGAAAUUUGGAAGAAGAGAAGAGCUGAGAAGGGAGCUGAGAAUGCUUGAGCUCAACAACACAUUGGAGGAUUCCAAUAUUCUGAAUCGAUUUUUGAGCAAGCGAUUUUGUCUGUGACAUGUCAAGUACCUCGUUCGAUCCUGCCAUACCUCAACAUUGAGCGGUUUAUUCUCAGCUUGCCAGUGAAAGCGCUGAUACAAUGCACAUGUGGUGCCGCUCCAGCGCUCGACUGCGAGAUGUAUCGAAGUACGCUUAAAUUUCCAGAAC